GCUCCGUGUGUGUCCCCGUGCGCGUGUGUGCGCGUUGUGGGCCAUUCUGUUACACAAUCGCUUUCAGUUUCCGAGCCCUGCCUGCCUGGUGGCUCCCCGCCCACCGCUGCUCUCCGCUGCCUGCCUGGCUGACUGACUGCUGGGCGGACCGGGGCAGAUCCGAUCCGAGCCGACCAGUUCCGCGUUCUCUCUCCGGUACUCAUUGGCAGACUGAUCGGGAGGACCAGGCGGUGUCAUGGUGGACGUUCCUGCCCCGCCGCGGCAUCCGUAACUCCGCGAAGUGUGGACGGAGAUAGGCAGCAGCUCGUGGCCUGUUCCUUCUGUUUCUCCAGCUUCCACUACAACAGCUCAGAGAAGCACGUGCUUGUCAAGCUGGCUGGUGACUCUGCAAAGACAGUAGAUUGACUUUUUAUGUGUUCAAAUCAUCGGGAUCCUCCCAGGAGAUCAGAAACAAGAGAUGCAUCAGCAUGAUGACAAAUAAUUCACCUUUGACCUCUCUUGGAUUCAAAAUGGCUCUUUGGCUGGAACAUACAAGAAAUCGGAAUCAAGAUUCUUGAAAAUAUCUUUGACAAAAACAAAUAUUGUUUGCUUUUUUUAGUCAGCCAAUGGCAGGAAUGUGGUUCAUUGAAGACGGAAUACUAAAUUUCCUGAAGAACGGAUUAUAAAUUCAAGCCAAGAAUGGAGCAGGACUUCACACAGUAGGAUCUAACGUUGCACAUGUCCUCUUCCCUGGACUCCCUGGUGAACUUCAGUUCAGCAGAACCACAUCAAUAAAACUCUAAUUUUACCCUAAACUCUUCCAUUCCCCGUUGCUUUAAAUGGACGUCUGAUUCUCCAAAAGCUCAGGGGAGUCGCUUCCCUUCAGCUUUGUCUCCUGAACUGCAGCUACUAGCAGACUCAUUGAAAAAACUCCCAAAUAUGGCUGCAACAGGACGGAAACACCUGGUGAGGGAUUUCAACCACUUCAUCACCUGUUACCUUUGUCGAGGUUACCUGAUCAAACCGACGACAGUCACCGAGUGCCUGCACACAUUCUGUAAAAGCUGUAUUGUGCAGCACUUUGAGGAGAGCAAUGACUGUCCUAAAUGUGGCAUUCAGGUCCAUGAGACCAACCCGUUGGAGAUGCUCAGGUUGGACAACACUCUGGAGGAGAUCAUCUUUAAGCUAGUUCCUGGACUCAGAGAAAAAGAAGAACAGCAGGAAGUGGAUUUCUGGAAGAAGAACCAGCCCAAAGAAAAUGGCCAAGAGAACCCCAGGCGGCAGCGGCUCGGUCUGCCCGACGGAGGAGGCGGUGUGGAUGGAGGAGCGGGCGGCGGGGACGACGGGGACGGCGGUGGAGAUGAUGACUAUCACAGAAGUGACCCUCAGAUAGCCAUUUGUCUGGACUGCCUCCGUAACACGGGGCAGUCUGGAGAAAGCACAGUCACGGAUUUGAUGAAGAGGUUCAUCCGCUGCUCCAGUCGAGUCACAGUGGGGACUAUUAAGAAGUUUCUCAGUCUUAAACUCAAGCUGCCGAGCUCCUAUGAGCUGGAUGUUCUUUGCAACGGAGAAAUUAUGGGCCGAGAUCACACUCUGGAGUUCAUCUACAUGACUCGGUGGCGGCUACGCGGAGAAAACACGUAUCCCAUGGUUCUCGAGUACCGACCCCGCAUCGACUUUGGCUGAACUGCAGCUGCAAGCAGAAGACUCCAGACACCCAUUUAUGCUCAUGAGCAUCCAUACAAAGACCUUCACGACUUCACAAACACACACAAACAAACACGCACACUCAGAAUGUGCAGAGGAAGAUUUAGAUGUAUUUUUGUACAGCCGACGAUGAAGUGCAUUUGUUAUGUUCCAAAUCUUUUAUGCUACAUAGAAUAAUAUAUGCUAUAAUAUUUGAUAUUUUUAAAUGUAUGUUCCUGUGCCUAAAAACCUGUUCACAUCUGAAAUGAAGUACGACUAUUUCUCCAGUUUGCCUGUCUAACUAACUGUAGAUUAAAUGUUGAUUUUAUACUGUG